AUGGCUGCCACAGCUGCUGCAGCUGUUACUUCUUCUUUUACCACAUCCAUGCAAAGUCUCAACUGUAUCCGAUCCACCAAAACUUGGCCCAACAAUUCUGAUCCCCUCCUUAAACUUGCUUCUUCAAGAAUGCUAAAAACAGAGCACUGCACAUCACAUUCUAUUGGGUUUCAAUCAAUUUCGAUCGGAUCAUCGAAUAAAUGGAGUAGAGUUUACAGAGCAGGGGCUGCAGUAGCUCAAGAAGAAGCUGCCCUGUUGGCUCCUGAAGAGGAAGCCACGGCGGUGCCGGAGCAGGAAGAGGAAGCGGCAGCCACCGAGGCCCCGGUGGCAGCCGCGACCUCAGAGAGUUCUAAUACUGUAAAUACUAAGCUUUAUUUCGGGAAUUUACCUUACAAUGUUGAUAGUGCACAGCUUGCCGGAAUCGUUCAGGACUAUGCUAGUCUAGAGCUAGUUGAGGUUAUUUAUGAUCGACAAACAGGAAGGAGUAGAGGAUUUGCAUUUGUGACAAUGAGUACGGUUGAAGAUUGCAAUUCUGUCAUUGAAAAUCUUGAUGGAAGGGAAUACGGUGGUCGAACAUUAAGGGUAAAUUUCUCAGACAAGCCUAAACCAAAGGAGCCAUUAUAUCCAGAAACAGAACACAAACUCUUUGUUGGUAACUUGUCUUGGUCCGUCACUUCCGAAAGCUUGACAGAAGCAUUUCAAGAAUAUGGAAAUGUGGUUGGAGCUAGGGUUCUUUACGACGGCGUUACAGGACGUUCGAGAGGCUAUGGAUUCGUUUGUUACGAAACCAAAGCCGAAAUGGAAGCAGCUCUCAAUUUACUGAACGGAGUGGAGUUGGAAGGAAGAUCUAUGAGAGUCAGCUUAGCAGAAGGGAAAAAGAACUGA